UUAUGCGGAACUCGCUGGCCCUGUCAGCGCAGCAGCUUCCUAUUCAGUGAAAGCAGGUCUGGCUGUCAGAGCGCCUGCACACGCUGCGCAGAGACUGGGCUGACGGGAUGGCUCCGGCACCGCCGAGUUGGACUUUAUUCUAACAGCCACCGGAUUUUACGCAUCAAGUUACCGUGGAUGUUUUUAAUGCACUUUGCCUUUUUGUUAAUAUAUUUUUAAUCUAUUUUUGCUUUUUUUAAUUUUAAUUAAAAAAAACUUUUCACCUGUCUGGAAGCCGUUUUUUUAAAAAGAAAAUGAAGUUUAACGGAUACCUGAAGCUGCGGAUUGGCGAGGCGGUGGACCUCAAACCGACAACCUUCUCGACGCGCCACACCGUCAUCUUCAACAAAGCCCCCCAGAGUCUGGACCCCUACAUUGUGGUGAAGGUGGACGACUACAAGGUGGGGCAGACCAACACCAAGCAGAAGACCAACAUGCCCACAUACAACGAGGAGUUCUCCCUCAACGUCAACGACGGCAAGCAGAUCGAGCUGGCGGUCUUCCACGACACGCCGCUCGGGUACGACGACUUCGUGGCCAACUGCACCAUCCAGUUCGAGGACCUGAUCAAGACCUCCAACACGGGAGAGACCUUUGAGGGAUGGAUGGACUUGGAACCAGAGGGGAAGGUCUACGUCCUUAUUACGCUCACUGGAUCGUUCACUGAUGACGUCGCCGUGAUCAAAGAGAACACCCACAAACAGUUCACGAGGACGCGGCAGGGCGCCGUGCGGCGACGGAUCCACCAGGUCAACGGGCACAAGUUCAUGUCCACGUUCCUCCGUCAGCCCACCUUCUGUUUCCACUGCAAGGAGUUCAUCUGGGGCGUGUUUGGAAAACAAGGUUACCAGUGUCAAGUGUGUACGUGUGUAGUUCAUAAGCGAUGCCACCAGCUGGUUGUAACCGUGUGUCCACGCAUGAAGAAGUCAACAAAAGAGAAGGAUGUAACUCAAGGUUUCAGCAUCAACGUCCCUCAUAAGUUCAACAUCCACAACUACAAGUCUCCCACCUUCUGUGACCACUGUGGUUCGCUGCUGUGGGGAAUAGUUCGACAGGGCCUGCACUGCAAAAUCUGCAAAAUGAAUGUUCACAUCCGCUGUAAAGGCAAUGUCGCCCCGAACUGCGGAGUCAACAGCGUGGAACUGGCCAACAAGCUCGCAGAGAUGGGUCUGCAGGCGGGAGGACUCUCCAAACGAAACACCUUGGUUAGGGAGCCAGUUCGGCAGUCGUCUGAGAGGAGGGAGAGUACGACCACGGAGGUUCAACCAGAGACCCCUCGGCUGGGAAUCUCCGACUUCACCUUCCUUCAAGUGCUUGGCAAGGGCAGCUUCGGCAAGGUGAUGCUGGCGAAACUAAAGAGCAAAGAUCGCGUCUUCGCCAUCAAGGUGCUGAAGAAGGACAUCAUCCUGCAGGACGACGACGUCGAGUGCACCAUGACAGAGAAGCGGGUGCUGUCGCUGGCCCGUUGCCACCCGUACCUCACGCAGCUCUUCUGCUGUUUCCAAACACCGGACCGUCUCUUCUUUGUGAUGGAGUUUGUGAACGGAGGCGAUCUCAUGUUCCACAUCCAGAAGUCCAGGAAAUUUGAAGAGGGUCGAGCACGAUUCUACACAGCGGAGAUCACUUCUGCUCUGAUGUUCCUGCACAGCAAAGGCAUUAUUUACAGGGACCUGAAACUGGACAACGUUCUCCUGGACAGAGACGGUCACUGUAAGCUGGCAGAUUUCGGCAUGUGCAAGGAGGGCAUGUUUGAGGGCGUGGCCACGGGGACGUUCUGCGGGACGCCGGAUUACAUCGCCCCUGAGAUCCUGCAGGAGAUGAUGUACGGCCCGUCGGUGGAUUGGUGGGCGCUCGGCGUGCUGCUGUAUGAGAUGCUGUCGGGACACGCCCCCUUCGAGGCUGAAAAUGAAGACGACCUCUUCGAAUCCAUCCUCAACGAGGACAUCAUCUACGCAUCCUGGCUCAGCACGGAGGCGGUUGACAUCCUCAAAGCUUUCCUGACCAAAAACCCAGCGCGGCGCCUUGGCUGCGUAGCAGCAGACGGAGGCGAGAACGCAGUGAUCAGCCACUGCUUCUUCACCGGCAUCGACUGGGAAAAGCUAAAUCGCAGAGAACUAGAGCCACCCUUCAAGCCAAGGAUUAAAACGCCUCAGGACGUGAACAACUUUGACCCAGAUUUCACCCAGGAGGAGCCUACGCUCACACCCAUCGAUGACCCCAUGAUCCCUUCCAUCAACCAAGAGGAGUUUAGAAACUUUUCCUUCACCUCACCGGAGCUACUCGAGAUCUGAGAGGCGCUCAUACCCUCCGCUCGUGUCCUUAUUCUUUAGUUUUUGUGCCUGUGUCUACAGCAACUCCUUGUACUCUGUUCCAUUCCCCGGAAAUUGUGGAGGGGGGAGUCAAAAAGACAUUGACAGCUCAGCAGGACUCCAGGCUGUAACUGAACUGCUGUGCACUCAUGUAAUCCCGGACGUUGCGGUUUGAUCUGAUUGAGAAGUUUUGCUUGUUUUUACUGUCAAGUGGCUUCAUUGGCACAUUCACGCAAGUGUCUACAGGAUGUUUGAGAUGCUGUUGUGUUAUAAUGGAAUUCCUUUUUUCUUCAAAAAUGAAAAAGCACUUUAAAAAAAA